GAAAUGGGGUGUCAUUCCUGCAUGCAAUAAUCUCUAUUCUCCUCUCCUCUCCUUGCCCUUUUCAAUCCUCCAUCGCCACCCAAUCCUUGAUCGAUAGCCAUGGCUGAACCCAGCGAGUGCUUCACCAACUUAUACAAAUCCAGCGAGCAGAACAUCACUCUUAAGGUUGGGCCAUGGGAAGGUAACGGGCAAAACUUUGACAUUAUCAAUGACUCCCAAUUAAUCACAAAGGUUGUAGUCAAAUCAGGAGAUGUCGUCGACUAUUUGGAGAUCUUCUAUUCUGUGGGCGGUAAUUCAGUGACAUCAUACUCAGCAGGCGGCAGUGGCGGUGAUUCCACCAAUGAGAUUCCGCUAGGAGAAGGUGAAUAUAUCAACUGGAUCUCUGGGUCCGUCAUUAAUAAUUACAACUGCCAAUCUUGUAUCACUCAGCUUGGAUUUAAAACCAACAAGGGGAACGAGUAUGGGCCUUUUGGCAAUAACAAAGGUAGCGAGGGGACGGGGUUCACUAUUCCAUUCGUUGACGGUCGAAUUGUUGGAUUCUUUGGCUCGUCCGGCAAGUAUAUAAAUGCGAUCGGAGUCUAUUUGGCUCCUAAUUAAUUGGCCAUCUAUUGAGUCAAUAUUUCAAAAUCUGAUCAUCCAUUCUGGCUGGGCUUCUUCGCUUUGCUUCAUAUAUCGUGACAGCUAAUACUGUUUUAAAUAAAUAAAUUCGGUAGUUAAUUGUGUUUUAAAAUAAAAUGGAUGAUAUCAGUCAACUUUAUGUAUGUUUGGUGUUUUCAUUUGCUAUGUAUGCUAGCUACGUACUAGCUAGCUAGUUUCAUUUGCUCUAAUAAAUUGUGUUGUUUUUCUCA